CCUCACGCUUUGCGUCCCGGCCAACCCUACUUGACCUCCUCGCGCCGCAAAACCCUAACGAGCGGCGAGCCGCCUCUCUCUCUGAGCAUCAUCACACCCCUCGCCCCCCCCAAUCCCGCCGCGCGCGCCCCCCAUCGCGGCCGCCCCCGAGCCCCCGCCCCGGAACCUUCCAGGACCCGCGGAUCGCCGGAGCAGCCAGCCAGCCGGCGCGCGGCCAUCGCCGCCACCGACGCGCGGCCAUCGCCGCCACCGACGCGCGCAUGGAGAAGCUCCGCAUCCACCGCUGCGGCGGCGGCGCGGUCGCCUGGACGCCCUCCCCCAUCGUCGCGCUCGCCACCUCCCCCUGCGCCUCCCAGGUCGCCGCCGCGCGAGAGGACGGCUCCCUCGAGCUAUGGCUCGUCUCCCCCGGCUCGGCCGGGUGGCACAACCAGCUCACUGUACAGGGAGGCGCCGAGUCGAGGGUCACGUCGCUUGUGUGGGUGCCAAAUGGCGCAGGGGGCCGCCUGCUCUCUUCCAGCGUUGAUGGGUCGGUGGCGGAAUGGGAUCUCUUCCACCUGCAGCAAAAGACUGUCCUAGAUACUAUUGGGGUACCGGUCUGGCAGAUGGCCAUGGAGCCUGCAUAUGAUCAAUUGAUUUCUGGAAAUAAAAGCUCAGGAUGCACUGCCAAUGGCCAUGCAAAUCAUAACGGAUCUACCGACUCUGAAUUAAGUUAUGUUGAUGAUGGUCAGAGCUCUGAUGAUGAAGAUGAUUCUGCAAAGACAAGCUCUUCGUAUCGUGCGAAUGAGUUUCCGCGUUUGGCUCUGGCAUGUGACGAUGGUUCUGUACGCCUGUAUAAUGUGCCUGAAUCUGGCCCACUGACCUACUAUAGAUCUCUUCCAAGAGUGAGCGGACGAGUUUUGAGUGUGACAUGGAGUAAUAAUGCCAAAUUCAUAUUUUCUGGAAGCAGCGAUGGGUUAAUUAGAUGCUGGGAUUCAACAAUUUUCCAUGAAAAGUAUCGCAUCACUGCUGGAUUAGGGGGUGCUGGUAGUGGAAGUGAACUUUGUAUAUGGUCAUUACUAUUUCUGAGGUGCGGAACCCUUGUUAGCGGAGAUAGUUCUGGGAGUGUUCAAUUUUGGGAUAACCGCCAUGGAACUCUUCUUCAAGCCCACACUUACCAUAAAGGCGAUGUUAAUGCACUAGCAACUGUGCCUAGUCAGAACCGGGUAUUUUCUGCAGGAUCUGAUGGGCAGGUAAUUUUGUACAAGGCAUCGAAAGAUGGGUUCAGUGCUCAUAAUGAGAAGGCGGCUGAAGAGCAAAUGCACAAGUGGGUCUAUGUGGGAUAUGUUAGGGCCCAUUCUCAUGAUGUAAGGGCAUUGACUAUGGCCGUGCCAAUAUGCAAAGAAGAUGCUGUGCCAGAGGAGAAGGUGGUGAAGAUACGUCGCAAAGAUGAAUUCAGUUACCACAAGUGGGCGCAUCUGGGUGUACCGAUGCUCAUUUCUGGUGGGGAUGACACCAAGCUGUUUGCUUAUUCUGCACGGGACUUCACUCAGUACUCACCUCAUAACUUCUGCCCUGCGCCUCAACGUCCAUUGAUAAAUCUAGCAAGAGAUUGCACAGUUAAUGGAGACUCUGUGAUGCUUGUCCAGUCUGUUAACUGCUUGGAUGUUCUACUUGUGUCAGUUCAGAACAAACAGGCUCCAAGUACAUCGUCCAGAGGAGAUGCUACGAUACGACAAGUUGUUCAUCUUAAAAGCAAGGGGUCCAGAAAAAUUAUAGCAAGUGCUGUUUCCACCAAUGGAAUGCUAUUUGCCUACUCAGAUUGUGUGAAACCCUGCCUUUUUGCACUAAGACACAAGGGUGGAAAGAAGUUCUCUCUAGAUAAAAUGGAGUUGCCAAAGGGAAUACCAUCUUCUCAGAGCAUGAUGUUUACUGCUGAUUCAUCCAGUUUGCUUCUAUCUUGCAAUGAUGGGAAAAUAUAUGUUGUGGAUAUUGCCUCAAGAAAAAUUUCAAAUAUAUUUCACCCUACAAGAAAGAUCGAUGGAGCAAAAACUUCUUCCAAAGAACAACCUGUCACAAAAAUGUUUGUGAGUGCUGAUGGGCAGUGGGUCGCUGCAGCUAACUGCUUUGGGGAUGUCUACAUAUUUAACCUUGAGAUCCAGAGGCAGCACUGGUUCAUACCGAGAAUGAAUGAUGGUUCGGUUACAGCUGGUGGUUUUUGUCCCAAGAACAAUGCCCUUGUUAUAACUACCUCUAGAAAUGAGGUAUAUGUAUUUGAUGUGGAAGCAAAAGAACUGGGCGAAUGGUCUAAGCGUCAUACACACGAGUUACCGAAAAGAUUCCAAGAGUUUCCUGGAGAGGUCAUUGGCCUCUCAUUUCAUACACUGAGCCCAUUUUCAGUCAUGGUAUACAGUGCAAGGGCAAUGUGCAAGAUUGAUUUUGGAUUGCCAGUUGUUCAGGAUGUCCAAUUGUCAAAAUCAGAGAAGGCAGACUCACAAAAGGCUAAGGACAUUAAAUUAGAGAAGGGAGGCUUACAAAAGGCUACAAAAACAAAGGUUAAGCGGAAACAUCGUGAUGAAGAUUUGGAACAAGAGAAAAGGAAUAACUUCACCUUCUUUGCCUUUAAAGAUCCGGUGCUGUUUGCUGGCCACCUACUGGACAGUUCACUUCUGGUAGUAGAGAAGCAAUGGAUGGAUGUUGUCAAAGGAUUCGGCCCGCCGGUCCACAGACACAUAUACGGGACAUGAUCCAUCCAUCCAUAGUAGUAUUUGAACUUGUGGCCCUCGUAACAGGCAGGCAGCCCAUUCAUUUUUAUCACCGCCAUGAAAUGUUCCCAUCCCCAAGCAAGUUGUCUGGCAUGACACUUCAAAGGUAUAGCAGUACAUAAUGUCUGCUAUUAUCCAUCUGGCGCGAUAGCAGUGCGGGUCUAUUUUUCUUUGGUGGCUUUUAUUUCUUGAGUAGCAUCGUUGUAUUCUUUUUCUUCACUGAAGUAUGGUAGUGGACCCUUCACAGUGCCAGUUUUGUCAUAUACCGUGUCAAAAUGCGCAAAUUUUGUCAUAUGUAAACAAUGUAUCAUCACUACUGUUAUGUCAACAUAUCUCGUUUGUCUA